GCAAUUUCUUGCACAGGGUUGUUGAAAGUUAGGAAGUGUUAGAGAGAGAAUUUUCAAGAGAGUUAAAAAGAAUAAAAAUGAGUGAAAAAUCUUUGUCUCAAAUGCUCAUUCGAGCGAAGCCAUUCAUUGCACUAAUUUUUCUGCAAUUUGGGUAUGCAGGAUUGUCCAUAUUCUCAAAAUUUGCUUUAAACCAUGGGAUGAGCCAACAUGUUUUGGUAGUUUAUCGUCAUGCUAUUGCCACUGCUGCUAUUGCUCCUUUUGCCAUUUUCUUAGAUAGGAAAGUAAGGCCUAAGAUGACCAUCACUAUCUUCGCCAAGAUUAUGUUGCUGGGAUUAUUAGAGCCAGUAAUUGACCAGAACUUGUUCUACACUGGUUUGAAGCUCACAACAGCAACUUUUACAGCUUCUAUGUUCAAUAUUCUUCCUGCUUUUGCUUUUGCAAUGGCUUGGGUUCUAAGGCUUGAGAAGGUUAAGAUUACAAGUGUGCGUGGCUUGGCAAAGAUAUUGGGUACCAUAGUGACAGUUGGGGGAGCUAUGUUUAUGACUUUGGUUAAUGGACCCGCAUUGAAAUUGCCAUGGGAAAAACAAAACAUCCAUCAGGACGCCCCAAAAUUAACUCAUCCUCAAGACACAGUUAAGGGUGCUAUAAUGAUAACAGCAGGAUGUAUUUGCUGGUCUGCUUUCGUCAUCCUUCAGGCAAUUACGCUACAGACAUACCCAGCUGAGCUUUCCCUAACAGCUUUGAUGUGUUUGAUGGGAGCAUUGGAAGGCAGUGUAGUGGCUGUAGUACUUGAAUGGGGCAACCCUUCUGCUUGGGCUAUACACAUGGAUUUUAAGUUCUUAACCGCUCUUUACAGUGGAAUAGUAUGUUCAGGGAUUGCUUACUAUAUCCAAGGGAUGGUGGUGAAAGAAAGAGGACCUGUUUUUGUGACUGCUUUUAACCCUCUCUACAUGGUUAUUGUUGCAAUUUUGGGGUCUUUGCUUUUGGGUGAGAUAACAUACUUAGGAAGGGUUAUUGGAGCUGUUAUAAUUGUAACUGGGCUAUACAUGGUACUAUGGGGAAAGAGCAAGGACCAAGAUCUUCAAUCUGAAUCUGAACCAGCCGACAUUAAUAAUAAAUUAGCACCAGAUUAUCAAGAAAUGACAAUGAAGACUACAAAGAACCAAGAGUCUUUGGCCAUGGAUGGCAAAAGACAAGAUGAAUCCGUUUGAGUUUGAAGGAAAUUAAUAAAAAUAAUUGAUAGCUAGCAUUUAGAGAGAGAGAGAGAGAGAAAGAGAGAGAGAGAGAGAGAGAGAGAGAGAGAGUUGAACUGAGCUACUGAUUUGGUUUGUGGUUAAUUUGAAGUGCCACAUUUCUUAGUUACAUUAUACUAUAGUCUUGCCACUAGGUUAAUAAUGAUGGUGGAAGGAUUCAAAUUCUAUAUGUUUCACCAAUGAAUGUAACUUUUAUAUCUUAGAAAUGUGCUGCCCUCCUGUCAUGUAAUAAUUGGAGAAUUAAUACAGUCAAGACGCACUGAAGAGGAAACGAGACGACACGAAUAUACUUAAUGGAUUGUUGUAUUAAUUCUGAGAAAAUUUGGUGCAUGCAAGUCUUGAACAAUUUUAUGAGAAGAAAUAAACAAUAGCUUACUAAAUUGUA